AUGCGGCUCGACGUGGGGCCCGAUGUUCCCCAUGCCGACAUCUGUGUACGCAAAGGGGACCGAGACCGAUGGCAGCUCCUGCUCGUUCUGAACCUCCGCGGCGGGGAUGUACUCUGGACCACCGCCAGGAGCGCGGGCGUGAGCCGAUUGACCACGUGCUGUGGCCUCGGGAGCGCGACCGCGUCGUGGCUCGCUGGGGACGUUGAGGCCUCGGGGGCACGGCGGCGCCGUAGUUUGCAGGCUGUGGUGGCCUUGAGAGCGCGGCUGCGCCGCGGUUGGCGCAGGAGCGCCGCCGCGGGAGCCCGCACGCGUUAG